UGCCAAGUCAAGUAUUGCGCCAACGUGUAUUUUUUUAUAAAUCUACCCGCUAUUUAUUUUUUUUUACAAUGGAGGAAGAUGGUUUGAGUGACUCAGAAUCGACGGAAAAAAUAGGGUGUAAGAGGCCGAGGGAGUCAGAUGGUAGUGAUGACGGAUUCACAACGGUGACAAGACGAAAGUCGAAGAGAGGCGAGCGAGAAAAUCACGGGCGAGAUAAUGUAUGCGAGGAGGGAAGGAGUGCUGAGGAAAAAUAUACUGAAGUUAGUUUGUUUGGAACACAUACACUCCCGAAACAGAUGGCCUUUGCAAGAUUUUUGAGAGACGAAAAUAUUGGAAAUGUCAUGAAAAUUAAAUAUAAAAGCCCAUACAAAUUAAUAAUACGAUUUAGCGAAAAACAUAAUGCCCAAAAAUUGGUUAAUUUGAAAAAAUUAGAAGAAUUGAACAUAAGGGCUCAAUUCACAACUGACAGCUUAUUAUCCUACGGUAUUAUCAAAGGUGUUGAUCUGGAUACUAACGAAAAAGAGCUAUUGGAGAGUCUAAGUUGUGAUUACGACAUAAUUUCUGCUAAAAGGUUGCGACGUGUGAAUAAUGAGGGUAAAUGGGUUGAAAGCGAAUCGGUGAGACUAUGUUUUAAUAACCCUACUGCGCCUUUAUACAUAAACGCGUAUGGAUGUAGAUUCGAUGUUGAACGAUACGAGUUUCCUGUGACACAAUGUUCUGGGUGCUGGAAAUUUAAUCACGUUAGGAAAUUUUGUAAUUUAAAUAAAAGCAUAUGUCCAAAAUGUACUGAAUAUCAUGAUAACUGUGAAAUAAAGGAAUUCAAAUGUGUAAAUUGCAAAGGUCCCCAUAUGGCUCUUGAUAAGAGCUGCCCUUUUUUUAUUAAAGAAAAAGAAAUUAGACAAAUAAUGAGUCAAAGAAAUGUUACAUAUAAGGUGGGUCUUGAGUUAUUUCUUAAAAAUAAAAAAGAAGAUGAAAAAUAUCACGACAUAAAUGACGCAAUAAACAUAGAAAUAGAUACAGACUUUAUAAAGGAAGUUCCAACGAAUGUGAAUAGAACUUACAGCAGUGUACUCAAAACCAAGGCGGAAAUACAUAAAAAUGAAAAAAGACCUUUAGUUGAGAAUAAAGUUAAUAAGAGUAAAAAUAAGGACAAAACAGAAAAUAAGUAUAAAAAAACCAAGGUUAAUUCAAAUAAUUAUAAUAGUGAAAAUCAGAACUUCGAAAUGGAUUGCGACCGAAGCGAAGACAGCGAUCAGGAUACGACAGAUCCUACAGAAAAAGCAGAAAAAAGAAGAAAAAGAAAGUUUGACGUGUGGAAACUACUUCAACGAAUUAAGGAAAUUAUUGUCUGUGAAGAAAACGUUGGUGACAAAGUUUUGUUAGUGGUAAAAGCUGUUUUUGAAGAAUGUAAGUUGUUUUUAGUUGAUUUUUUGAAAGAAGGAAAGUUAUAUGACAUUCUUACAAAUAUAAUAUUUAAUGGAUAAAGCAUUCAAUUUAAACAUAAUUCAAUGGAACGCACAAAGUUUGAAACCUAAAUUGUUAAUGUUGGAUAACUUGUUACAUCAAGAAAAAGUUCAUUUAGCCGUUAUCUCUGAAACAUGGUUGGAUGCAGAUUAUGAUCUGCGUAUUAGUGGUUAUGAUAUAUAUCGAAAAGAUCGUCACUUAAAAUAUUUGGUAAUAAAAGAACUUUUGGAAAAAUAUAAGGGAUUUUCACAUAUAUAUACUGAUGCAUCUAAAGAUGGAAAAGGAUUAGGCGCAGCCUUUAUUCAUUUAGAGCAAAGUAACUCGGCUAUGUUCAAAACUGACCGCCAAAUUUCUAUUAUGACCAUGGAACUCGUUGCAAUUUUAGAAGCUCUUGAAUAUAUUAGGAAUUUAAAUAAGCAAAAUGUUGUUAUUAUUACAGAUAGCAAAAGCGCCUUGCAGCAUUUAGCUCUGUGCGCCUCUGGUUAUAGCAGAGGUAUGCCAGUAGCUUACAAAAUUCUAAAAUAUAUAUAUGACUCACGUCAUAUUAGUCUGAAGUUGCAAUGGGUUCCAUCUCAUAUAUGUAUAAGAGGAAACGAGGAGGCUGACAGACGCGCAAAAUCAGCAAUA